CUGCACACCCAAAUUUUGUGUCGCUCCCGUCCUCACCUCUCCAGCUUCGCCCAGUCGCGAUAUCAACGUGCUGCCGCGCAGACGGAAACCCUGUCAAUGGCCGGUUCGAACGCCCUGCGGCCCUCCAUGGGCUGCCUCUCGAGGCUGGGAGCCCCCCCCCUCGUCCGCUCUGCAAGACCGUCGGCGCCGAGAACAGCAGCAGCAGCCUUAGCCUUCUCGACGACGGCGCCACAAUGCAAGCGGAAGAAGACGAAAGACAACAACAAGAAGCGCGGCGUCAGCAGCCUCUACGGCUCGGGCCCGCGGGAGCACCUGUCCAUGUCGGACGUGCCGCUGCCGAAACCGCGCGACUUCAAGCCCAAGGUGGCCGUGGACGACAAGCACGGCCUGUGGGGCUUCUUCCCGGCGCCGGGCAAGCUGCUGUGGACGCCCAAGGAGACGGAGGAGCACGGCCGGGCCUGGACGGUCGAGGAGCUGCGCAGGAAGUCGUGGGAGGACCUGCACGCCCUGUGGUGGGCGUGCUGCAAGGAGCGCAACAUGCUGGCGACUGGCAAGGUUGAGCUGGCGAGGGGGAAGCUGGGCUUUGGCGAGAGGGAAUUCGAUACGCGCGACGUGGAGGUACAAACGACUAUGCAGGCGAUCAAGCACGCCUUGACGGAACGAUACUACACGUGGCAGGAUGCCGUGGAAGUGGCCCGGUCGGACCCGGAGAUCGACUUUGACUCGCGCGACGGUCAGGUGUACAAGCCAUCGGCGUACGAGGACGACCUGGAGAUGUCGGACAGCUGGGCGGCCGAGGCCGAGUCGGCGACACCCGAGAAGGAGGCGACGCCUCAGAAGGAGGCGACCCGGUAGUAGGAUGCAGGCGUGAUGUGAUGUCAAUGCCUGCCCGGGCCGUGGAGAGCGUGGAGAGCCGCCGUGCUUGGGGGCCCCAGCAUGGCAAGAGCACAUUGGGAAUCGCGACGACACGACGAGGAUGAAGACGAUCAAGAUGUCGCGCUGUACAUUGUAUCAAGGCACAUGGGAUCAAUCAGGUGGAAGGGACGUGUACGAUACAGAUGUCGCCUGCUGCAGCGGGACAGCAGCGUAUUGGGGCGCUUUCUGGAAAAUACCAAAGCAUUUCGUACCUGAACCAGGCCGCCACGGGCUCUGGAAAUGGGGUUUUCUGGACCGAGGGAAGCCGCACGAGACAGCAUCGUCAUGGAAAUUCGGUUUCUGCCCCGUGCCGUCUAUGCCAUGGCGCUGGGCGACAAAGGUUCUCUCUUACUCGAAGCACAGACUCUACUCGAGUGCUCGAGUGAAGAUGAAAAGGGGGUCCUCGGCCGGGGUGCCCUGCACCGAAUCUUCCAAAAAUACUGGCAAUGUCGCAUCUUUUUGCGCAAGCAGAAAUGACUGCAAUCUCGGGCUUGGG